AUGUUCUUUCAGAAAGUGAAGAGAACUCAAAGCUUGAAUCCCUAUUGUUCGGUCAUGAAUACCUUCAAACAAUGCCGAAGUUUUUGUCUCCUUGGAGACUAUCUUAAAGAUGAAAUACUCCUUCCUACUAACCUGAAGAAUUCCUCCCAAAGUCUGUAUCUGGAAAACUUACUUUCAAGAUGGAAUUUUCAAAAAGCGUUGGGGUGGAAGAUAGAGAAAUCGUACAUCUUCGACAUCAUUGAUGACCCAAUUUUAGAAUUAGAAAUGAAAUACAAGCUUCCUUUACUUUCAAUUGCAGUAAUGAGGACACAUCCUCAGCUGAGAAAAAGCUUUUGCAAAAAAAUGGCAAGCAAGGAAAGGAUUUUCAGUGAAAAUGAAACUUAUAUGAUUGACUGGGAAUCUUUUAGUACACUAAAGUUGGAAAGUGGUAUGGCUGAAAAUGAAACAAACACAAAACUCACCAUUUCACUAAUGUUAUUGACUAAUGAUAAUGAUCGCUGCUUAAAAUUGUCAGAUAUUGAAAACGACUGUAAAGCAAAAUCAACAACUAUCCAUCAAUCAAUUCCAAUAAACCUUUCGCAAGAUUUUGACGAAACUUGGAAAAACAAUACACAUAACGUACUGGGAGAAGAGGGUGGUGCUAGUUUGUCCCAUCAUAGCAACUCAGAAGAUAAAACUUUUUUGCAAGUGCACUGUGAUACGACAGUAACGGAUGACGAGGUGCAAAGUAGCAAAAUCAAAUUUACGGACUUGCCUUCAACUCCAAAGGUUGUACAUGUGAAACCUUCUGAAAAAUCCGAAUCAGCAUCAACAAAAAGAAUGAUGAGUGAAGUGAGCUCUAUUACACUGAAAAAACGCAAAAGAGAAAACUUGACUCAAUUUGACUUCAGUAAAAAUUACCCAGAUCUUGAUGUUCUGAACCAAACAACGGGAUCAUUCUAUCAACUUCCAGAAAUUGUAUUACCUAAAACUCAGGCUACUUCUAGAGAACUGAUGAAUAAGUUCCGAAAGCAAGAUUUCCCACCAAAUGUAGAACGUGCAAAAAUUCUAGAUUAUAGUGAAAUAGACCUCGAUGAAACGGUUCUGAAUAUUCCUCCCUCUCAAGUUUGUAAUGUAAUGCUCAAUGUAAAUUUUGCUACAAAGUUCGGAGCGGCAUUUCGUCAGUUUAGUAAUAUACUUGAGAAUACCAACAGAGUUAUGUGA